AAGGCAGUGCGGGGCGCUGUAUACAUGUGCUUACAAGGAGGAAAGGGAUGCUGGUGUGCUGCUGCUAGUACUAUGUGAUUGCGUCGGGUAUGCUAUGUACAGUAGAAUGGAUCUGCUUACACAUAACCCCUGCCUGGUUGUUACUAUAUAUGAUCUUAGUUGUUGCCAUUGAUUUAUCUGUCUGUACCGUGUACCCAAUGUAAGACCAUUCCAAAGGGUAGAAGGUCAUCAUCAUCAUCUUCAUCAUGUUAUCCCUUGGGCUGUGCUGCAGGACAUUGCAUAGGCAGAUAUGUCCAGUCAGUGUCACAGUGUCUCAGGCUUCAGCUAUCUUUAUGCCUCUUAUAAACCGAGUACAGGUUUACGGUUGCUUGCGGACUAUCAGUACGUCAUGCAGCCUAAAAGCUGGCGCAGAUGAGGACGGUUACUUCAAUAAAUAUUCAAAGCAGCACAAAAGGGCAACAUACAAGAGCAGCUCAUCCUUGUUUGCCGCAGGCGCCGCUGUGAAAAGGGCAGAAAAAAGUAUUUCUGGUGGCAAACAGUCUCCUGAACGUACAACGAGCAUGAAAAUGACAUUACCCUCUGCGCCGCUGAGUACUAAUGAUUGGGGCAUCCUAAAAGAACAAUAUAACCACUAUGUCAACUUUGAAGAACUUAUGUUUGUGCAGAUGAUUAAAAAUAAAACUGAUAUAAAUAUCGCAAAGUCCUUACUGGCUUUUGUGGCAGAAAAACAUGGUGACAUAAGUUACAAGUUACUUCUGAAGUAUUUGGUGUUAUGUGUCCAGCAGAAUCAGAGUAAAGAGAUUUUUGAUGUUUACGAUAUAAUGAAAACUAAAUUUGCCACCUUGGAUACCGGGGCCCACAGCUUGUUUAUUAAAGGUUUCAGCCAAACCGAUCGCUGGAGAGAAUCCAUAGCUAAUUUUGAAAGCAUAAAAAAAAUGGCAGCUCCUUCUGCAAGGAAUUAUGGAGAGUGUAUUAAGGCCGCUCUUGGACACGGAGAGGAGAAGCUAGCUUGGACACUCUACAAUGAAAUGCUGCAGAAUGACCUGACACCGGCAGAAGACGUUAUUCAGUGUAUAUUUGAUGCUGACCGGGACAUACGUGAUGCUAGUACCAGGAGCAGAUUACUUGGUAUUCUUGGAUAUCUUAGAGACAAUCAAAUCUAUGCUGGAGAAUCUCUGAUGAAAAGUAUAAAGUCCUGGUUUGAAAGAAUCCCUGAUGAAUCCUGGAGAGGGCAGCUUACGAAGGUCACCAGCAGCGGCAACUGUCAUGCGUGUAAAGAGCAGCUGGAGUCCAUUCACCUGAAGCCAGAGGAAUACAGCACACUGAAGACGGCAGUCAUUGACAGCAUCAUCCGAGGGGAAGACACAUUCCGGAAGACCACACCAGAAGAGUUGCAGAGGUUUCUUGAGUUUGUGAACUCUAGGCCGCCCUAUGAUAUUGUGGUGGAUGGGCUGAACGUGGCCUUUCUCUUCAGAAAACAAACACUAUCUAAGACUCUCCUGGAUGUGGUCUCUUCCCUAGCUGCAAAACGAAAGCGCAUUCUUGUUCUAGGUAGAAAACACAUGUUAAUCAAUACAAAGCAAUGGUUAAAAGAGGACAUAAAACACUUGCAGAAAUGUGCUGAUUGCUUUUUCCUUGAUAACAUAUCAUUGGAUGAUCCUUUCCUGCUUUAUGCCUGCCUAAGCUCUGGAAGCCACUGCUGCUUUUUAACCAGAGACCUACUACGGGACCACAAGGCCUGUCUGCCUGAUCCUGAAAUGCAGCAUCUCUUCUUCAAAUGGCAGCGUGGACACCAGCUGGUGAUUCCUUCUUCCGCACAGGAUGUUCGUCUGUGGCCAGUCCUGUGCUAUGACACAAUUGUGCAGACUACAGAGGACUCCUGGCACAUUCCAUAUGAUCAGGCUGGGGUGAAGAGAGCUACUUAUGAAGUGCCCAAUACUUGGUUAUGUCUGAAGAAGACACGCUAGGAGUACAGACUGUCCGACUAUGUGCUCACGUUGCUCCUUGUGGAAUUACUAUGAAUUGUGUUCAUUCUGCAAUAUAUUUUUGGACGGAUUUAAUUAUAAUUUUCUUCUUAUUUUAAUGACUAUAUUAAUACUUUGGAAAUCAAGUCUGUUUUUCAUGCAAACAAGAUAAUGAUAUUUGUCAAAAAUGUUGAAGAAUAAAGUGGCUAGAAUGGC